UGAGUAGUGAAAGGAGGUGAGUUGAGAAUGGAGCAUCCAUAUGUGCCCAGAGAUCUGCAACUGCCCGGAUAUGUGCCCGUCUCCCUCUCUCAGUCCACCAUUGUCGGCGUUUAUGGCCUCUCUUCUCUCCUCGUCGUCUCGCUUGUCUGGUUGCUCUCCGGGAGAUCGCGCAACAUAUCGAAACUCGAUAGUUUGCUCAUGUGCUGGUGGGCUUUCACGGGACUUACGCACAUCGUUCUCGAAGGUUAUUUUGCAUUCUCUCCCGAAUUCUACAAAGACAAGACUGGAUUUUAUCUAGCUGAAGUUUGGAAAGAAUACAGCAAAGGUGACUCAAGAUAUGCAGGAAGAGAUUCUGCAAUUGUGGCUGUUGAAGGAAUGACAGCAGUUUUGGAAGGUCCACCUUGCCUUUUAGCAGUGUAUGCUAUCGCCAAAGGAAAGGGAUAUAGCUACAUACUUCAGUUUGCCAUCUCCCUGGGGCAGCUCUAUGGAACUUUUGUAUAUUUCAUAACAGCUAUCUUGGAGGGAGACAACUUUUCUGCUAGCCCGUUUUAUUACUAUGCAUACUAUGUUUUGGCAAACUCCUUCUGGAUUCUGAUACCCUCGCUCAUCGCUAUCCGGUGUUGGAAGAAAAUUUGUCUCGCGGUGCAGAGCCAAAGCCAGAAGAAGGUUAGGUGAGGUAAGACUGCAUCACAGGCUGCAGAAGAUUUCUUUGUUUAACAAAUGUCUUAGUUUGUGCACUUGUGUGGCCCGAACUCGAAAUCAUUUAGUCAUUCCAGUUAAUCGGUUAUCCAUUUAUGGACCUUAAUUGUUUCGGAUAGAUUGCAUGACGAUCGUUUCCUGGUGGAUACAGUCAAAAUUGCUUGCAUAACAUAUUAUGAUAGGGAAAGUCAAUUAUUGUGAGCCUUGGAGCUUAGCUGGUUCGUUGUACUCAUGCCUCGAUCGUGUAUCGAACUGUGUGAAGUUCGGUACGAGAAAGCUGCAUUUGUUCAUGGUAGCAAGCUAUGUUUAUUGAUCUCUUUCCUGGUCUUCCCUUGGCAGAGAAUCAAUUUGUCAUUUGAAUGCAUGUUUUGCUUGGAUAUGUCCAACUAUUUAUAGAGAA